CGCACGCACGACUUGUCGACUUUGCUGCCUCGUUUUUAGGGAAUCGCGAUCACUGUUCAAUUGGACACUCAACCGGCGACGACAGAAACCAACAUGAAAGGCAGCAUUUGAAAUCACCACAACCUGGAAGACUCUUUCCCCCGGACGGAGUGUGGCAUGGGGGCAAGGCAUACUGUGUACCUACGCCGCAGAGACGCUAUGCAGUACCUGUAUGUACAGGUGCUUUGCGACACAAUGCUCCCCGCUGUGCCUGCCCGAACUGCGGCCCGUGGAUCGUUGGCAGACUUGCCAGCUCGACCAACCCAGGAUCUGUCUGCCCCUUCAUCAGGUGGGUGAUGCCCACGGUGACGGUGCCCACACACACAGUGUGUAUCGUGUACGGCUCCCCUCCUUGAGGUGGCACCCGUUUCGCCGUUCUAACGUCCCUCGCUCGCCGGCCCCUUUGCUUUACCCCUUGUCGGCGACCACUGUUUUUCUCUCAAUCAGGAAUGGAGAGACAGCCGCGAAAAUGGGAUGCAGAGGGUCAUGCAGGCCAUGACUUCACUCUGAAUGUGAUUGUCGCUUAUUGGGCCGGGACUUGGAGAAGUUGGGCGCCACAAGGUACCGAGCCGUUGGCGGUUCUUGGA